AUGUUGAGCUCUUGCUUGCAGAACUGCAACCUCGCAGAACUUGUCGAAUAUGGGCAGCGAGGUGCUCGAGUUGCACGAACCACACAGCCUUGUGGUAAUCCCACGUGGUAUGAGGCUAUCCAGAUCCCACCCAAUCCUUUCGAAGAAAUCAGUAGCAAAGUCAUUGUCUGGAACCGAAGUCCAGUGGUCAUUGAGCUUGCUUGA